AUGGGCAAUACACCAGCGAAAGAAACACGUUCUCCAUCGGGAUCCUUUUCAAAAGACAAUGUAGCAUCGCCCAAAUCUCUGGUCGGCUUGUCUAAAAGAAAGAAAGAGAGAGAUAGGGAAAAACGAAGACAAAAGGAACAGCAUAUGCUGGAUCUAAUUGUUCGCUAUCAGGAGAAUGUAGAUGGAGACUAUCUAGCACCAUAUGGAAACUAUAAAGAUGGUCUGAAUUAUAAAACAGAUGUUGUUCGAGAAUUGAUAAUUGAGAGAAAGCUCGCUCCAUUUUAUACACCAUUGGAAGAUUUUGACGAAAACUGGACAGACAGUGAACUUCUCAGUCGCCUCAAGCGCCUGAAACUACAUGCACCAACAAGUGAGUCAUUUUUGGAUGAGGAUGAAGAUCCAGAUGAUCAUAAAAUACAUCAAAGUGCUAGUUCCAUGCGAAGAAAAGAACAUAAGGCAUUCAAACGUCAUCUUUCCGAAAUGUCAAUAAAGUUCCAGCGUGAUGCAGAGUCUCGAUUUACUAGAGACAAAUCAGUGAGUGAAAGCGGGAUCAAAAGUUAUCCGAACAUCCCCUCAGACGACCUUCUGUUGACGCUAUACCGGAACGCUGUUGAAUGUCCCAUAUGUUUUCUUUAUUACCCUCCGAACCUCAAUUUGUCGAGAUGUUGUGUUCAACCAAUAUGUACGGAAUGUUUUGUUCAAUUGAAACGCUUAGAUCCACAUCCACCUCACGACGAAGGAGCUGCGCCUAAUACUUCGAGUGAUUCGGAGAAAAUUGCUGAAGAGCUUAUUAGCGAGCCAGUGAAUUGUCCGUUCUGUGCAAUGUCUGAUUUUGGCGUGACUUACUCGCCGCCUAACCUAUGGACUGGUAUCGGCGGACGACCGCCGAGAGAUUUCAAUUUUAUACCACAUGUGAUUCACGAAGAUCCCGAAACCAACCAGGGUCCUAGUCGUUCUCGCGAAUAUCAAAGGAAAGCUUCUCUUAGCUAUGCGAUGACGAAGUCUCACUCUGCAUCAGGCACUCCACCUAAAAAGUCUACUAUAUUCUCGGAGUACAGGACGAACCAAGGUCAAAAGAGUUUUGAGGACUCAGUGUCCAUAAAUUCUAAGAAUAGUGAUAAUAGUUCUCAAACCAAAAACGUUGAAGGUUUUGAUCCUGCACGGAGAAGAAGAGGUUCUCUGCCUGCGACGGCGCCUGGAGUAAUAACAGUGGACCUCAUCCAUCCUGAUUGGGAGCAGAAAUUACUGAAUGCGAAAUCAAAACUGGCAAGGAGAUCUGCUGCUGCAACUGCUUUGCAUGCGUCAUCUUUAAUCUAUGACCGAGAUGAAUCUCAGCAUACGUAUACGAGCAGGCUCGAAAGGUCGUACCGGAGAAGCGAUAGCUCAAAUGGGAAUGAUCACAAUAGUCAUACAAGCAUUGAAGAAAGAAUGAUAGAAGAAGCUCUCAAGUUGUCAUUGCUUGACGAAGAAGAAAGAAAGUUGAAAGAGCGUUUGAAGAGAUAA